AUGACUGCAGCAAGAAGGAGCCAGGACGAUGAAGGUCCCUCACAUACUCCUCCUCAUCUAUACAGCCACCACUACUGUUCCACAGCUGGACUGCGUGCCGUCUGCUAUGAGCAUGAGACUCGCCUCGUUGAGGACUUGUUUAAGGACUACAACAAGGUGGUGCGCCCGGUAGAGGACCACCGGGAUGCUGUGGUUGUCACCGUUGGGCUGCAGCUCAUUCAGCUGAUCAGUGUGGAUGAGGUAAACCAGAUUGUGACAACCAAUGUACGCCUGAAACAGCAAUGGACAGAUGUCAACCUCAAGUGGAAUCCAGAUGACUAUGGCGGCGUGAAAAAAAUCCGCAUCCCCUCUGAUGAUAUCUGGAGGCCAGACCUUGUUCUUUACAACAAUGCAGAUGGUGAUUUUGCCAUUGUUAAAUACACCAAAGUCCUUCUGGAGCACACAGGCCAGAUCACCUGGACACCACCGGCUAUUUUUAAAAGCUACUGUGAAAUUAUAGUCACAUACUUCCCAUUUGACCAGCAGAACUGCAGUAUGAAGCUGGGAACUUGGACAUAUGAUGGUACAAUGGUUGUUAUUAACCCGGAGAGUGACCGGCCAGACCUGAGUAACUUCAUGGAGAGUGGGGAGUGGGUGAUGAAAGACUACCGUGGCUGGAAGCACUGGGUUUACUACGCUUGCUGCCCUGACACCCCUUACUUGGAUAUCACCUACCACUUCCUCAUGCAGCGCCUGCCCCUCUACUUCAUCGUGAAUGUCAUCAUUCCCUGCCUGCUCUUCUCCUUUUUAACUGGCUUUGUGUUUUACCUACCCACGGAUUCAGGUGAAAAAAUGACUCUCAGCAUCUCUGUCCUGCUGUCUUUGACUGUGUUCCUUCUGGUCAUCGUGGAGCUGAUCCCCUCCACCUCCAGUGCAGUGCCUUUAAUAGGAAAAUACAUGUUGUUUACUAUGGUGUUUGUCAUCACUUCAAUCAUCAUCACGGUCGUCGUCAUCAACACCCACCACCGCUCCCCGAGCACCCACACCAUGCCACACUGGGUCAGGAAGAUCUUUAUUGACACAAUCCCAAACAUCAUGUUUUUCUCUACAAUGAAACGGCCAUCCAGGGAUAAACAAGACAAGAAUAUUUUUGCAGAAGAUAUUGAUAUUUCUGAAAUUUCUGGGAAGCCAGGUUCUGUGCCUGUCAACUUCUACUCCCCGCUUACAAGAAAUCCAGAUGUGAAAAAUGCUAUAGAGGGAAUCAAAUACAUUGCGGAAACUAUGAAAUCAGACCAAGCCGCCAGCAAUGCUGCAGAAGAAUGGAAGUUUGUUGCAAUGGUGGUUGAUCAUCUUCUCCUUGGCAUAUUUAUGCUAGUUUGUUUUAUAGGAACAUUAGCUGUAUUUGCUGGCCGCCUUAUUGAAUUAAAUCAGCAAGGAUGAAUAUCAACUGGAAAUUAUUUGCAACCCUGGUCAGCAUCUGAAAACAUAUUAACCAUCAAAACCUGUGCCAGCCUCUGAAAGUUUCACAGACAAGAAUUAGUCCUGUCUGGGAAAGAAGAGGGCUGAUGAAAUGUAA